AUGGCAAGGGCCUUAUACGACAAUGUCCCCGAGUGUGCUGAGGAGCUGGCCUUUCGCAAGGGAGACAUUCUGACUGUGAUAGAGCAGAACACGGGAGGACUUGAAGGAUGGUGGCUGUGCUCUUUACAUGGGAGGCAAGGCAUCGUUCCAGGCAACCGCGUGAAGCUUCUGAUUGGUCCUAUGCCGGAGAUCCCUGCUACUCAGGAGCAGCCUCCUUCUGGACUGAUACACCAGACCUUUGGUCAACAGAAGCUCUAUCAAGUGCCAAACUCACAGGCUUCUUCUCGGGACACCAUCUACCAAGUGCCACCUUCCUACCAAAACCAGGGGAUUUACCAAGUCCCUACUGGCCACGGGACUCUAGAACAAGAUGUGUAUCAAGUGCCACCAUCAGUGCAGAGGAGCAUUGGGGGAACCAAUAGUCCCCACUUAACUAACAAGGUGAUAACCCCAGUGAGGACAGGCCAUGGCUAUGUGUACGAGUACCCAUCCAGAUACCCAAAGGACAUCUAUGACAUCCCUCCCUCCCAUAGCCUGCAGGGGGUGUACGAUAUCCCUCCCUCAUCAGUGAAAGCUCCUGUGUUUUCAGUUCCGGUGGAAGAGAUUAAGCCUCAAGGGGUAUAUGACAUCCCUCCUACAAAAGGGAUGUAUACCAGUCCUCCUUCUGCUUGUAAAGAUGCAGCAGGGCUUAGGGGAAAAGAAUAUGAUUUCCCCCCACCAAUGAGACAAGCUGUCAGACCAGAGGGCGUUUAUGACAUCCCUCCAGCCAACACCAAGCCAGUGGGGAAGGACCUUCACCUAAAAUACCACUGUGAUGUCCCGGGAGCCGCUGAGCUGACGUCCCGCAAACACCAGAGUAUGUCCCUGAACCACACACCCGCAGCAUUGACACCGCCAGCGGGCACUCAGAACGAUGCAUAUGACAUCCCGCGAGGAGUUCAGUUUCUAGAACCACCAGCAGAAAACAGUGAGAAAGCAAAUCCCGAAGAAAGGGACGGUGUUUAUGAUGUCCCUCUGCAUAACCCGGCAGACACUAAAGGGUCUCAGGACGUGGUUGAUGGAAUCAACAGGUUAUCUUUCUCCAGUACAGGCAGUACCCGGAGUAACAUGUCCACGUCUUCCACCACUUCCAAGGAGUCCUCGGUGUCGGCCUCCCAGUCUCAGGAUAAAAGGCUUCUCCUAGAUCCAGACACAGCCAUUGAGAGACUCCACCAGCUCCAGCAGACCCUGGACAUGGGUGUCACCAACCUCAUGGCGCUGGUGACCAGUGACUGGCGGUGUUAUGGAUACAUGGAGAGACACAUCAAUGAGAUACGCAUGGCAGUGGACAAGGUAGAUCUGUCCCUGAGGGAGUAUCUCCUUUUUGCCAAGGGAGCUCUUGCGAAUGCCUCCUGUCUCCCAGAACCCACCCUCCACAACAAAAUGAAGCGGGAGCUCCAAAGAGUUGAAGACUCUCACCAGAUCCUAGGCCAAACCAGCCAUGACUUAAGUGAGUGUAACUGGUCCCUGAAUAUCUUGGCCAUCAACAAGUCCCAAAACAAGUGGGAUGAUCUGGAUAGAUUUGUGAUGGUGGCAAAAACACUGCCUGAUGAUGCCAAGCAGCUCACCACAACCAUCAACACCAACGCAGAGGCUGUCUUCAGACAGGGCCCUGGUACCUUCCAUCUGAAGAAUGGGCCUGAAAACAUCAUGAACUCAACUGAGUACCCAGCUGGUGGCUCCCACAAGGCCCAAGUCCACAACAAGGCAUUGCCUGCAGGCCUGGGAAAGGACAAGCCCCCCGACUGUGGCAGCAGCGAUGGCUCUGAAACGAGCUGGAUGGACGAUUAUGAUUAUGUCCACCUACAGGGUAAGGAGGAGUUUGAGAGGCAACAGAAAGAGCUGUUGGAAAAAGAGAAUAUCAUCAAACAAAACAAGAUGCAGCUGGGACAUCAUCAGCUAAGUCAAUUCCAGCUGUUGGAACAAGAAAUCACAAAGCCUGUGGAGAAUGACAUCUCAAAGUGGAAGCCCUCUCAGAGUCUCCCAGCUACAAGCAACAGCGUGGGUGCUCAAGACAGGCAGCUGCUCUGUUUCUAUUAUGACCAAUGUGAGACCCAUUACAUUUCCCUUCUCAAUGCCAUUGAUGCACUCUUCAGCUGCGUCAGCUCAGCCCAGCCCCCACGGAUCUUUGUGGCACACAGCAAGUUUGUCAUCCUAAGUGCACACAAACUGGUGUUCAUUGGAGACACACUGACAAGGCAGCUUGCUGCCCAGGAUAUUCGCAACAAAGUGAUGAACUCCAGCAACCAGCUGUGUGAACAGCUCAAGACUAUAGUUAUGGCAACCAAGAUGGCGGCCCUCCAUUACCCCAGCACGACUGCCUUGCAGGAAAUGGUACAUCAAGUGACAGACCUGUCUAGACACGCUCAGCUGUUUAAGCGCUCUUUGCUGGAGAUGGCGACGUUCUGA